AUGGCGACCAGAGACACCGCCGAGCUUUCGCAGGCCCACGCGCCCAAGGAAGCAUCGCUGGCAGCCUACUCCGAGUUCGAGUCCGAGCUGAAGCGCACCCUGCUGCACGAGCGCCACGACAAGGCCAAACACGAGCUGCCCUACUUUGAGGCGGCCGCCCACCUGUCCGAUGCCGACUUCACGUCGUUCACCCAGUCCGACUUUGAGACCGUGCGACACGCGCAGGUCGCCUACGGACACAUCCUCUUCGGCAAGCUGAAGAUCCCGGCGUUGGCCAGCAGCAAGAACUGCUACAUCCAUUUCCGGGCGUUCGAGCCCGAGCCCGGCACCGACAAGAAGGCCGAGGUUCACAGCAUCCACACAGAACGCAAGGAGGAGCCCGAUGGUGGCUUCAAGUACCGGGCUUUGUUCACGAAGGAGGAUCCUUUGGAGUGGUUUGACACUUAA